AUGUUUGGACAUAAAUUCAAGGAAGAGCAGUUUUCUUUUGGCAAGAAUGUUGUCCAAGUAAACAACGGAUCGUUCGGUAGUGUUCCCACUACAGUGUUGCAGAAGUAUAAAGAAGCCAUUGAUUUAGACCAUGAGUUUUCUGAUAGAUAUCUGCUCUAUAAACUCCCUGGAACCUUAAAGGAGGCAACUGCACAAGUCGCUGAGUUUGUCAAUUCUGAUGUGAAUAACAUUGUCUUUACAAUGAAUGCCACGACUUCGGUUAAUACAGUUUUGAGAUCUUAUCCAUUUGUGAAGGGUGAUAAAAUUGCCAUGUUCGACAUUACAUAUGGAGCAUGUGCUAACACUGUCAAGUUUUUAUCCAAGAGACAGGGGAUAGAAGUGGUAACAGUUGAGCUGAAGCUUCCUUUGGAGGAUGAUGAGAUCGUUGAAAAGUUUGAAGCUACGUUAAAGGAAGAGAAACCGAAAUUGGCUUUAUUUGAUGUUAUUGUUUCGAUGCCAGGAAUACGUUUGCCCUUUGAAAGAUUGAUAGAGGUUUGCAGAAAGCACAAUGUAUUAUCUUUAGUCGAUGGAGCCCAUGCUAUUGGUAUUCUUCCUCUGGACCUCAAGAAAUGGAAACCAGAUUUCUUUUUGUCGAACUUGCACAAGUGGCUUUAUGUUCCUAAAGGUUGCAGCUUCCUGUACGUGGAUCCCAAGCACCACAGAAACAUUCAUACAUUUCCAGUUUCCCAUAGCUAUUUGGAUGAUGAGGAAGUAUUGAGUGAAGAGUUGGAAAAGACUAGACUUGUUGACAGAUUCGCAUUCUAUGGAACUUUUUCAUACGCGGGCAUUGACUGCAUCCCAGCUGCUUUGGAGUUUAGAAGAACAGUUUGUGGCGGAGAAGAAAAGAUUAAUGAUUAUUGCUUUAAACUAGCCAAAGAUGCAGCUAACCACAUUGCCAAACAAUGGAACACUUCGAUUCUGGAAAAUGCCAAAGGCACUCUUUCCACAACCAUGUCCAAUGUGGAGGUACCGGUGAAUGAUCAGUUGCUGCAGUUCCUGAAGAAGGAUAAGAAAAAUAUUGUUAAAUUGAGAAAAACGGUUGACCCUUUAAUGUUAAAAGAGCAUAACACUUUGCUGCCAAGUAUUUUCCACAAUGGUAAGCUAUGGGUACGUUUUUCAGCUCAAAUAUACAACGAGCUAAGCGACUAUGAAUAUGCAUCUGGUCUUUUCCUGAAAUUGUUAGAGGAGAAUGAAGCUCACAUACUUAGUCUCUGA